AUGGCAAUUCCACAGGAGAAUGAAAAUAUUCUGAUCCGCCGUAUGCAGAGCUCAGACAUCCCACUCCUGGGCCCUUUGUCUGCGAAAGCAUACUGCAAUGACCCCCUCAAUACCUUUCUUUUUCCACGCCGUCUUGAACACCCCAAUCAUAUGAUCCGCCGCUUCGCCCAAGGGAUUCAAGCUCGUUAUCUCAACCCUCGAAACAUUGGCUUUGUAGCCGUGGAUCUCGCCAAUCCCUCGAUGCCUGUCGCUUACGCACAGUUUGUCCGACUAGGCGAUGACAAGGCUGCAUUGCAGCUGAUUGCAAACCAGCGGUCGUUCGGGCAUUUAUUGAAAGCAUGGUGGUUCAAGAUCCGAGCUGCGAUUGAGAAUUUCUUUUGGCCUGAUCGGUCUGUCGAUCCUGAUGCUAUGAGUACGUUUAUGAAAGCGGCCAACGCUGACAAAGAGUUUUAUUGGGAUUCUCCUGAGAUGAAGAUCAAAUAUGGGAAUAGGUGGCAUGCGCAAAGUGUCGUGGUGUCCGCGGCCUAUCGGCGGCAAGGCAUUGGGCGUCGAUUGGUGGAAGAGGUACUGCGGAGGGCACAGGAUGAAGGUGUAGUGGUGGGAUUGGAAGCUAGUAAAGAUGGAGCGACGCUCUAUCGGACGCUAGGGUUUGAGCUACGGGGUCCAUUCUCUAUGGUUAUUGGUCUGCCUGUGGGAGGGAUAAUGAUGUGGUCGCCGAAAGGGCUUCUAUGA